UCUGUUCCCAAAGAGGUGGAUCAAUGGAGAUCAAAGAGUCAAGAGCGCCCAUCUCACACACUCUCUCUCUCUAAAAUCACAAACUUAUAAUGGGUGGUGAUUAAUAUAGAGAUUAUACAAAGCUGCUGAGGCAAUUUCAGUGAACCAAUUCUUGAGCUGUUCGAUGGAAAUUCAACAUUUUCAAGUGUGUGUUAAUCUGGUAGUGGGGAUUCAGUUGAUUUUUCUUGCUGGCAUUGGCUCUUGCAUGCAUAGCUCUUCGUUUUCCAAUGAGGUGGGCAAGGGUAAUUCAAAUUAUGAUGUCAACAGCCGAAGCAUUGAGGCCUUGCCUUAUCUAGAGAAAUAUAUAUCGGAGUCUUAUUUUGAGAAACAUGAUAGCUUACUUGAUUCAGAUUUUGAAGAUUUCAUAACCCAUGAACUUCCCCUUGGAUCAUGUGAAAUGCUGCAGGAUAACCAUGAUCUUGUGCCAAGAUUGUCAGUGCUGCAUCGCCAUCUAAUCGGCGAAGGUUCUCAUCGGCAUCUAUCUUCAUCCAUCACAUUUAACAUCCAGUCGGGGUCCAUAUCUAAGCUACCUGCACACUUUUGUGAGGCCAUUAUCAUUGAAAGAUUGCCCUCUGGAAUUUUUGCAGAUCCAUUUGAACUUCAACAUCUUAUCGAGCGUGGUGUCUUUUUGGAUGCUGCUGUGUUUGGAGACACAAAUUUAGAGCUCCCUUCAGUUGCUUCAAAUCGGUCUGUUGUCGAGGUCCACCUUGGUGUUAGUCCUGAUAUAUUAUCAAGACAUCAGAAUAGAUUGGAUAUCACCGUUGAGCUUCCAUUACAUGCACGUUACCCGCCUGUAGGAGAAAGUGGCUUUUCAACCGUUGCAUUUGGUGCACCUGACUUGUUCAUGCGUUGCAGCUUGAAAGGAAGAUCAAACAAUCAGAGCUGCUUAUUUAUGUUGACCAAUAACAGUGCUGAAUCGGAAAGUGGUGGUGUUGUAUGGAAAGUACCUUGUGGGAAUAAGGAACACGCCAGAGCUGUGUCCACUGUUACUUUUCUUUCAGCCGUUGUAUCUGCUCUUUUAAUUGUCUUGACAUCCAUCUAUAAAUCAGACAUUCAGAGCUAUGGAAAAAAAUGAAACAAUCUAAUAUAGUGAUCAUUCUCUUUGCUUGAUAACUUUGCAUUUUAACAACAGUGGGGACUUGUUUCUGCAUCGCAUAUUGUCUUAGCUCUUUAGCAUCAUAUCAACAUUAGAACACCGUAUCUUGUCACUUCAAGGAUACCCUUUGUCUGUUGGCUCGUAUCAUCUUGGGAUUGAAGAAUCGACUCUGGUUGUUUAGAGACUUUGACAUGUGUGGCUGUAUCUUUCUCUUGACAUCACAUCUCUUUUCAGUUCAGCUCGUGGUUGUGAAGAUUUGAACUUAAAACUGAAUAUAUAUGAGUUUCAAUGCAUCCUUUUGAAAGGAUUUUGCUAAAAAGGAAAGAGGAUGUAUCAAGAUUUUACGGUAAUAUUUUGUUUGAAUAUGCUA